GUGGGAUGCUCAUAAGAACUCACACCCGGACUUGGAAAUACACAGUGAAGAUGACUCCGAGUCUCCAUCUCGUCCUGUUCGUUCUGGACCUCCUUGCUCUCUCUGCUGCCCUCUCCACCUGCAGCACACUGGACAUGGACGAGUUUAAGAAGAAGCGUAUCGAGGCCAUCAAGGGUCAGAUCCUGAGCAAACUGAAGCUGAGCCACCCCCCCGAGGAGUACCCCGAACCCGAGGAGGUGUCGAGGGAUGUGGUGGCCAUCUACAACAGCACCCGUGACCUGCUGCUGGAGAAGGCCAACGAGAGAGCGGCCACGUGUGAGAGGCAGAGGAGCGAGGAAGAGUACUACGCCAAAGAGGUUCACAAGAUCGAUAUGCUGCCAUUCUACCCCGCCGAGAACGUGAUUUCUCCGACUCUGUUAAACCCAUAUUACCGCCGGCUCUCCUUCGACGUGUCGUCCAUGGAGAAGAACGCCUCAAACCUCGUCAAAGCAGAACUCAGGAUCUUCAGACUCCAGAACCCAGGAGCCAGGGUCCCCGAGCAGCGCAUAGAACUGUACCAGAUCCUGUCGCACAAAGCGCUAGCGUCUCCCACACAGAGAUACAUCGACAGUCGAGUGGUGCGGACACAGACCGAGGGCGAGUGGCUCUCCUUUGACGUCACCGAGGUCGUCAGCGAGUGGCUCAAUCACAGAGACAGGAACAGUGGCUUUAAGCUCAGCCUGCACUGCCCCUGUUGCACCUUUGUUCCGUCCAAUAACCUCAUCAUCCCCAACAAGAGCGAGGAGCUGGAGGCACGCUUCGCAGGUAUUGACGACAGCAUUGUGCCUCGGGAGGACCUCAAAGUGUUUAAAAAGCGCAGACACAGUGCUCGGGCUCCUCACCUGCUCCUGAUGCUCCUGCCCUCCUACAGACUGGAGUCCCAGACGCAGCAUAAACCCUACAGGGCCAAGAGGGCUCUGGACGCAGCCUACUGCUCCAGGAACGUCCAGGACAACUGCUGCCUGCGCUCGCUCUACAUUGACUUUAAGAAGGACUUGGGCUGGAGGUGGAUCCAUGAACCCAAAGGCUACGAGGCAAACUUCUGCGCUGGAGCCUGUCCAUAUCUGUGGAGCGCCGACACGCAGCACAGUAAAGUUUUAGGUUUGUACAACACGAUAAACCCUGAGGCAUCUGCGUCUCCCUGCUGCGUGUCCCAGGACCUGGAGCCCCUCACCAUCCUCUAUUACAUCGGCAAAACACCAAAGAUCGAACAGCUGUCCAACAUGAAAGUCAAGUCCUGCAAGUGCAGCUAGGACCGCCGCAAACUGGACCCAAGACUGGACUAAACAAAAACUGGACUAAACCAAGACUGGACUAAAUCAAGACUGGGCUAAAGGACACCUAGACUAAACCAAGACUGGACUAACCCAAAAAUGCCAACCAAGACUGAACCUAACACUGGACCCAAGACUGGAAUAACCCAAGACUGGACUAAGCCAAGAUUGGACUAAACCAAGGCUGAACCUAUGUCUGGACUAAUCCAACACUGGACUAACCCAAGACUGGACUAAACUAAGAUGGGACUAAACCAAGACUGAACCUAAGAUCGAACCCAAGACUGGACUAACCCAAGACUCAACUAAAUCAAGACUGAACCCAAGACUGGACUAAACCAAGACUUGACUAACCCAAGACUGAACCUAUGACUGGUGCCAAGACUGGACCAACACAAGACUAGACUAACCCAAGACUAGACUACACCUAGACUUAAAUAAAUCUAGACUGGAGUAAACCCAAGACUGGACUAAAGCCAAAACUGGACUAAAGCCAAAGCUGAACUAAACCAAAGUUUGGAUUAAACCAAACCUGGACUAAACCCGGAUCAUACCUGGACUCCAGUCUGGUCUUUCACGGCGAGGUCUGCAUCUGCUCUGUUGAUCCAAAUGUACUUUUGCUGCAGCUGUUUUGAAGUCCUAAAUAUAUGUUUUCAUGACAACAUUUUGGACAUCUGCUCAAACAUCGGUCUGGAGAAGCUCGUGUACAGUUUUGUCGUUCAUCUUGUUUAUUUUGAUCAUUUUGUUGAAGUUUAAAGGCCCUCUCGCAGACUCUCACAGACACAUCAGACUCCGAAGCAUGGCUAACACUGGAACAUACGUCUAUGUGAAUCCAUCCCAUAAUGUCAUCCCUCAAUGUUCGUCCACACUUUCACUUUGUACAUUUUUCCCUUUAAGCCUAAUGUUUUGUUUCAUUUUUAUUUAAUUUUCAAGUCCUUAUUCAGUAAAUGUUCUAAAUAGUGCCCCCUACAGUCUAGUCUGAGUUUUAGCAUGUACAUAUGUCUUUAAAUCUCCUCUUCCUCAACACAUACACUGCAAAGAAGACCGUUUUGUUUUUCUUACCUUGCCUUAGUUAAAUUGACUUCAGUGAGUUGAUCUUAUUUUUUAAAAUAUUUAUUUAUUUGAACUAAAAUGUCAAGUUUAAAGAUAUUACUUUUAUUACGCCUACCAGCAUAUUAAGGUAAGGUUAGGUUAAAUUACUUAAACUUAGAAUUCCAGCCUGUUCAUAUCUUUUUUUUGCCAUGUAUCCACUAUCCUCUAAAAAAUAUGAUCUCAAAUAAAAGUUUAAUGUCAGCAUUUCCAUUUAAACAGCUCAUGGUCAUGUUCAUACAUUUUAAGAUUAAAGUGGAACUAAACGUGUGUAUAUGUGUAUAUGGUGUUUGAUAGCGUUUUCUACUGUUCCUGCUGUUCAUUUUAGUUUAAACUCUGUAAAUUUGCAGAUUUCUGGUCAAAAAUACUUAAAUCCUGGCUCCAGUGGCCUCUGCAAUUUCAAGUAGUUUGUGACAUCACACAGUACUGCUCUGAUUACAUCCAGGUGUUUCUGAUUACAAACACCUGGCUGCAGGAGUAGAGUUUGAAGUGUGGAUACCUGAUCUUCCCUUUGCUCUGUUUGCAAUGUGGUUGUGGGCGGAGUUAGGUGUUUAGUCCCACUUUAACUUGAAAUCCAAACAUGAAAAAAAUCUCUUAUUAUAUUUGAUGCAAAAAUGCAACAUGUUUUUUUGUUUUUGUUUUUGUUUUUGUUUUUAUUUAUAUGCUGGUGUAAAUGGACAGAAGAGAUUAGCUACAUUUAAAGUCCCAUAAUGCAGUGCUCUCUGAUCUGUUCUAAUGUUGUUUCCUCGUGUCAAACAGACCUAGAGUUGUGUUUCAUGACAUCACAAGGUGGAACGGAGCAUUUUGAGCUUUGGAGAUGUUACAGACUAAUAAUAAAGUUUUACUCAAACAUGUGUGAAUGAAACAAAACUCAACUCCAGGUCUGUUUUUGAGGGAACAGAUUUAGAACAUGGAUUAAAGCUACAAGAGUCAGUUUUGUGUCAUAUAGCACCUUUAAGACUUUAAACUGAGUUAGAUCGACUGAACGAGGGGGCUGUGCUUUAUUUUACAUUUUCAUUUAAUAGAUAGCGGCUAAACUUUAAAUAACAGGAGGCCGUUGUGGGAGGUAAGGACAAAUGAAAUGGAUUUUAGUUCAUUUUAGUUAAGUUAAUCCAUAUUCUUAUAUUAAAGUGGACGUUGUAGUGAAAUGUUUCUCUGAUUCUCUUUGGAGAGAGUUUGUUUCAAAGGUACUGAAGGUGUUCUGAAGGUUUACUGAACGUGUACAACCAUGUCAUUCUUGAAAGUAUAAAACUAAUCAGAUUUUUUUUUUUUUUUUUUAUUAUUUUUGUCCCAAUCCAAAAACAAACUGAAUCUACGAUCGUGAACUGUGGAACACACUGCGAAACAAAACCAACACUUCACAUUUCAAACAUCUUCAGCUGAACCAAACAACUUCACACAAAAGUCAACACAAAACAGAUCUACAGAUAACAGACUGAAUGUAAUAAAACGACUUCAGUCACAGACACAUUUUUUUUAUCCCAUUACUUCAUACUUAAUGAAGUGAGGUCCUGAAGAAGUGAAAAGCUCACAUCCUCAGUUUUGAUCUUUUUCCGGUUUGAUUUCUACAUCCUUCAGUCUGGUUCUUUUUGCAGUGUGUUCCUUUGUUCAUUUCUCGUUUUAUGUUUUUCUUUGAGUAAAUCGUGUUGACUUUGUUGGACAGGGCCAGUUUCUGUGGAUCAAACCAAACAAACAGAGCUGUUUUUAUGUUUUUAUGUUUAAAAUAUUGUUUCUGUUUGUGAUGCACUGUAAAAACGCUCCACAGUGAGUCCGUGUACAGGGGGCGCUCUGGUCUCCUUGUGUUUGACGCUUCAGGACUCAAAUGAAACUUAAAAAUGAAAAACUUUCUAAACUAAAAGAUUUCUUAUGGAUCAAUUUAAAUCCACAUAUUUGUUUUUACAUUGCAUUAAAGCUACAGUAUGUAACUUUCUGGAGGUGGCACAUCACCUGCAUGGUUCCAUGGAAAUAGAAAGUUAAACCCAUACUACGGAACAUUCUACAUGGACAUAGAGAAGCUUUAUGCCAUAUUGUAGAAUAUAGGAGCAGCAUUUCCAUGGAAACAAACAGGAGGAAGCCAAAUGAGAGUCAGGUUUGUGGAGAUGCAAGCCCUCUAGGAGCAAAGACACAUGCUUUUUUGUGUUUUUCAGUUCAAUAAAAACAUCCCUAAUGAAAAAAAAAAAAUAUAAAUAUGAAUAUACUUAAGUCUAUUUUUUGGCAAAAAAGUUACAUACUGUGGCUUUAAAUAACAGUUUUAAGUCCAGAUUUCAUUCUGGACUAGAUUUAUUCCUUCUUAUUUCAAUCUUUGUCAAGAUUUCAGUGUUGAAACAAACCUUGACCUGAGAUCCAGAUCCAGGUUCCUGUGAGUCUGAGAUCCAGAACCAGGUCCCUGUGAGUCUCAGAUCCAGAUCCAGGUCCCUGUGAGUCUCAGAUCCAGAACCAGGUCCCUGUGAGUCUCAGAUCCAGAUCCAGGUCCCUGUGAGUCUCAGAUCCAGGUCCCUGUGAGUCUCAGAUCCAGGUCCCUGUGAGUCUCAGAUCCAGAUCCAGGUCCCUGUGAGUCUCAGGUCCAGAUCCAGGUCCCUGUGAGUCUCAGAUCCAGAUCCAGGUUCCUGUGAGUCUCAGAUCCAGAACCAGGUCCCUGUGAGUCUCAGAUCCAGAUCCAGGUCCCUGUGAGUCUCAGAUCCAGAUCCAGGCCCCUGUGAGUCUCAGAUCCAGAUCCAGGUUCCUGUGAGUCUCAGAUCCAGAACCAGGUCCCUGUGAGUCUCAGAUCCAGAUCCAGGUCCCUGUGAGUCUCAGAUCCAGAUCCAGGCCCCUGUGAGUCUCAGAUCCAGAUCCAGGUCCCUGUGAGUCUCAGAUCCAGAUCCAGGUCCCUGUGAGUCUCAGAUCCAGAUGCUCGUUCACUGUCCAGUGGGUUUCACUCUGAGGCUGCGUGUUUUUGCAAUGUGCUGUUUGUAUCACAGUAUCGUCCAGGACUCUGGUGGAAAUAAAUUAUUUAAGUUUUAC